AUGUUGCUCCCAGCUCCCCUCUCUCAAUACGUCCGCUCCGUCCAGUCAUUGAGUCGCAAAUGGUCAACCCACGACCAACUGCGACAUAAUGACAGCCGAAAGUCCCUCGCCCACCGCCUGACCGAUGUCUUCCUCCGUGUAUGGGACCUGGGAUUCACUGCUUUGCCCGGUGCAAUUGGCAUGUAUGCCCUCUCAGUCGGCGUUGGAAAUCUUAGCCAAACUCUUCCUGAGCCCGUCUACGCGUUGCUGUCUGGCCUCAACGCUGCGACCGUCGGAAUUAUCGCGGUCUCUGCGGUACAACUCGCGGAAAAGGCUAUUCGUGACAAGAUCUCUCGCAUCUUGAUCAUCUUCGGUGCCUGCGCUGGUCUUUGUUAUAACACGCUAUGGUAUUUUCCGACGCUGAUGCUCGGUGGCGGUUUGGUCGUCGCUGUUUGGGAUGGGUCGCUCUAUGCCCAUGUUCAGAGGGUUAAAAGUGCUUGGCGGAAUAGACACAACCGUCCCACGGACUCGGAGGUGGCGGCAAACACGACCCCCGUGGAGAUGGCGCCUGUUCAGCCUGGAGAAGCGGAGCGGAGUGAGACGAUACGCUCGAGGAAGAAGGUUAAUUCGGGUGAUGCCCCGAGCAGUCUGCCUGUUAAUUUAGCUGGACCGUCGAGCUCAGCACCGUCAGCCGAGAUUGAAGUGACCCAGUCACCGGGCUAUGUAAUUCGAAUCCGCACUGGAUUUGCCAUACUAACCGUUUUCUUUGCCUCCUUUAUCGCCCUCCUCGUCACAAGAGGAAAACUAGCCGCCCCCCCUUUGGUGCUAGAUCUCUUCACAAGCAUGUACCUCGCCGGAACGGUGAUAUUCGGUGGAGGCCCCGUCGUGAUCCCGCUUCUGCGCUCCUACGUCGUAUCCCCAGGCUGGGUCUCUGCCCGAGACUUCCUCAUCGGUCUAGCCAUCAUCCAAGCCUUCCCAGGACCAAAUUUUAACUUUGCUGUCUUCCUGGGCGCAUUGGCCCUGCAACCCACAAGAUUCCCCACGGUCUUUGGCGCAUUUCUCGGUUGGCUGGGAAUCUUCGUGCCGGGACUUGCGCUCGCUGUUGCGUUCCAGAGUUUCUGGAGCGUGCUACGGAGGAAUAAGUAUGCCAUUUACAUCUUGAGAGGUGUCAAUGCUACUGCGAUUGGUUUGGUGUUCACGGCUGUGUACCGGUUGUGGGAGAUUGGUUAUUUGACAUCCCAGAAUACCGCUGGUCAGAGUCUAGCUAAUGAGCCGUGGUGGGUGGUCGUCACUACCAUCUCCUAUGCGGGAAACGCGUGGUUCAAGGUGCCUCCGGCCGUGUCUAUUGUCAUUGGUGCUAUCCUGGGUUUGUCGUGGUAUGGGGCUGUGGGAAGAUAG